CCGAGCAGCUGAGGAGGAGGAAAAAACCCAUUUCCCCGCCCACAGGCCGUCUCCUUCAUCCCGCCUCGGAAGCCAUGGCUGCCUGAGAGGCUGCGUUCCUCCGUCGCCUCAUCUCGGGGACAUGGAGGGCGAAGAGGGCCAGAGACCCCCCGAGUGAAGACAACCAUUGUUGACUGUUAAUUUAAAUACCUGCACUAUCCUUAUUGAAGAGGCAUAAUAACCUCAAUGCCAUCAUGCCUGCCGUGGCUUCGGUACCUAAAGACCUGUACCUCUGCACUUCGUUGAAAGAUUUGAACAAAAAGACCGAAGUAAAACCUGAGAAAACCAGCACUAAGAGCUAUGUACAGAGUGCUCUGAAGAUUUUCAAAGCAGCCGAAGAAUGCCGCUUGGACAGAGAUGAAGAGAAAGCAUAUGUACUUUACAUGAAGUAUGUGACUGUGUAUAACCUUAUUAAUAAGAGGCCCGAUUUCAAACAGCAACAGGAUUACUUUCAUUCAUUACUUGGACCUUCAAACAUUAAGAAGGCUAUUGAAGAAGCUGAAAGGCUUUCGGAUAGUCUUAAGCUCAGAUAUGAAGAAGCAGAAGUACGAAAAAAACUGGAAGAAAAGGAGAGACAAGAAGAGCUGCAGUUGAAAAAACAGGAAGCAAAAGAUGAGGGGAAGGCAUCGGCUAAAACCUCUUCAGAACCAUCCUCGGAUUCCAAGGGAAAAAUUCAAAUGAUCAAUGGUGAGAAGAAGGCUUCGACAGAAAAGAAGGACCAGCCUGGAACUGCUGCUGUUCCUCAAGGUGGCAUCACAGCGGAGAAAUUGUUUACCAUGAUGAUGGACAAGAGCAUCAAGCUUAUGGUCAUGGAUGCUCGAAGCAUGACGGAUUUCCAAGAGUCCUGCAUUGUAAACUCCAUCAGCGUUCCGGAAGAGGCUAUCAGGCCUGGUGUGACUGCCAGCUGGAUCGAGGCUAAACUCCCAAGUGCCUCUAAGGAGCCCUGGAAAGAGAGGGGGCAAGUCACUUACGUUGUUCUGCUCGACUGGUUCAGUUCUGCAAAUGACCUGCAGUUAGGAACACCCCUGCAGAGCCUCAAAGAUGCACUUUUCAAGUGGGAAAGUAAAGCGGUCCUGCAGUCCGAGCCUUUGGUUUUAGACGGAGGGUACGAGAACUGGCUGCUCUGCUAUCCCCAGUACACCACCAACGCAAAAGUAACUCCACCCCAACGCAAUAAGAAUGAAGCCGUGUCCAUCUCUUUGGAUUUUACUUACCCAUCCUUGGAAGAACAGGCUCCACCUGUGGUACCAGUUGUCCGUGUGAAACCUUCCAUCAUGGAAAUGACUGAGAGACCUGAAACAGCCAAUGACAAGGAAGGGAGAGGAGAGCCAUUGAAACCAGCAACUCCUACUGAAUUGGCGGCUGCUGCUGCUGCUAAGUCAGACGGCUCACCUUCUGUAGGCCAGCCAGCACCCGCUGUGAAGAUUAUUCCUCAGAUUGAUCGCACAAAAAAGCCUUCAGCAAAAAUUCCAGACGAUGCUAAUAGGUCAAAAGCUGAGAGCCCGGCCAUUGGCAAGCAAUCACUUCCAAAUGGAAGAGUAGUUCCAGAUCGUUCUACAAAGCCCCAGCUGGAUGCAAAACCCAGCCCGGCAGAGGAAGAGAAAAGCCACGGGCUGAUGGAGAGGGAGAAGAGCAAGCCAGAGCCAGAGCCUCCGGAGAAAAACCAGGAAGAACAGAGAGAGAGGCUCAGACAGGAGAAGCAAGACCAGGGGCAGAAAGCCAGAGAGGAACAAGAAGAAAAGGGAAGCAGGGAGAGCCUGUACAAAGCAAAAGAAGAAAUGGAGCGGGGCGAGAGAGAACCACAGGCCGGCAAAGAGGCGGAUGAAAAGCAGGUGUUGGAGAAAGCCCACACAGAACUGGUGGAGGCUAAAAAAUCAAGUCAAAGCGGAAGCGAAACUCCGGAAGGGAGGAAAAAAUCAGCCAUCGGGAGCAGCUUUGUCAAUGAAAAAGAAAAGGUUACCCGGACACCGGAAGCGCAAAGGCGGAAAUUUGCAGAGGAGUCUCGCGCAGCUGUGAUCUCCAGUAAGCAGACUGGGCUUAAAGGACCUCCUGAAACAGGAUCUCAAAACCCAGGAGCCAGUAGAGAGGAUACUGAACGAGAUUCAGAAAAAAAUAAAUCCCAGCGGGAGCCACUAACAAGGGCACGGAGUGAAGAAAUGGGUAGAAUCGUACCAGGACUGCCUUCUGGUUGGGUUAAGUUUCUCGAUCUGGUCACCGGCACUUUCCGCUACUAUCAUUCCCCAACCAACACUGUCCACAUGUAUCCACCCGAAAUGACUCACUCAGCCACGCCUCCUUCUACGCCGCCAACUCACAAGCCAAAGCCUCAGGCCGUUGUGGACCAGCGGGAAAGGGACCACUCCAAGCUGAAACGCUCUUACUCUUCGCCAGACAUCACUCAAGCCAUUCAAGAGGAAGAAAAGAAGAAAAUCAUCCUCACUCCUUCAGUUAAUCGCGAGAAUAAACCACUAAACUACACUAAAGCUGAAAUAUCGAGACUUUCUGCUACUCAGAUUCGUAAUCUCAACCCUGUUUUUGGAGGAUUGGGACCAGCCCUUACAGGACUUCGGAACUUAGGGAACACUUGCUACAUGAACUCCGUCUUACAAUGUCUUUGCAACACGCCACAUCUGGCUGAUUAUUUUAACAGAAACCUCUAUCAAGACGACAUCAACAGAUCAAACCUCUUGGGACACAAAGGGGAAGUGGCGGAGGAGUUUGGCGUUAUCAUGAAAGCUCUCUGGACUGGGCAGUACAGAUAUAUUAGUCCAAAGGAUUUUAAAGUCACCAUCGGGAAGAUUAAUGACCAGUUUGCCGGGUACAGCCAGCAAGACUCUCAAGAGCUGCUCCUGUUCUUAAUGGAUGGUCUCCACGAAGACUUAAAUAAAAGAGCUGACAACAGGAAGCGCUAUAAAGAAGAAAACAACGAUCAGUUGGAUGACUUCAAAGCGGCUGAACUUGCCUGGCACAAGCACAAACAGCUCAACGAGUCGAUCAUCGUUGCGCUCUUCCAAGGCCAGUUCAAAUCAACAGUGCAGUGUCUGACCUGUCACAAAAAAUCCCGGACGUUUGAGGCUUUUAUGUACCUGUCUUUGCCCCUCGCAUCCACUAGUAAAUGCACUCUACAGGAUUGCCUUAGAUUAUUCUCCAAAGAAGAAAAAUUGACAGAUAACAACAGAUUUUAUUGUAGCCAUUGCAAGACUCGAAGAGACUCUUUAAAAAAGAUUGAAAUUUGGAAGCUGCCUCCUGUUCUUUUAGUGCACCUGAAAAGGUUUUCCUAUGAUGGACGAUGGAAGCAAAAGCUACAAACGUCUGUUGAUUUCCCCCUGGAAAGCCUUGACCUUCAGCAAUACGUUAUUGGUCCAAAGAGCAACCUGAAAAGAUACAACCUGUUUGCAGUAUCAAAUCACUACGGAGGGCUGGACGGAGGACACUACACCGCAUACUGCAAAAAUGCUGCCAAGCAACGAUGGUACAAGUUUGAUGACCACGAAGUCUCUGACAUCUCGUCGUCAUCCGUGAAAUCCUCAGCUGCUUAUAUCCUUUUUUACACUUCUUUCGAACAGCGAGUAGCGGACUUCGCCACAUAAAGUGACGUUACUGGAGAACGUUGGCCUCUGCCUUUUUUCCUGGGAGUAAAUGCACCGUAACGCACUAAACCACGCCACGUAUAAGGUCACCGAAUGAGAAAGGAGACGGCUGCAGCGGUUUCUUCGCCAAGACCCUCUUUCUUUUCUCUUGGCGCUGUUGCUUGACACCCCAAAAAUCCAGUAGUUAACAAGGCUGUCUAGCGCUAAACCAUUCAUUUCAACAGUUUUAUUUCAUAACGCUGCGCCCAAACGAUAGAUGCAGCUCAGAAAUUCUGAAGCCAUUAAACAUACAGGGUUUUUGACGUGUCCCCAAACCCAAAGCAUAUCUUUUAAUUUUCUCUCUCCACGUUAAUGGCCUUUUCACACUUCUAACCUUAAGCUUGAUUCUACUGUGAAUAUCCUAGAAAUGAUGCAAACAGGUAGGAAUGUAAUGUGUAUAUAUCGAUUGCACAAUUGCACAUGCAAACUAUUGUAUAUAAGAGGUAUGUGGUCCUUUGGCGAACACUACUAGACUGGGAAGGAUUGCUUCUUCUGUUUGGUUUGUCGAAAUGCUUUAAUUCUUACGGACAGGGAAGGGCAGAGCUGUAUUUUUCUGUUGAGCUUUUAUCAAUCUGUGCACAUACUAAUGUAUUCUAAAGAACGGAGAUGACUUUUCCUUUUUAAUAUUUAAUAUAAGAAUUUCAUGUACUCCUGCAUUAAAAUCUUGAAAAAGUUAUUUGAAAGCAAA